UAAAGCAAUGAAGCGGAUAGUUGUGGGGGAUUUAGUCAAUAAAUUUCACAAAUGGCGGGGUUAACAACUUUGUCCACAUUGAACAAGGAAGAACGAUCCAAUGCUUUGGUGCAAGAGUCUUUAAAAUGUGCUUCUAAUUGUUUAAAACUAAAAAAUUAUGGCCGUGCUUAUGCACAUUUUCUGCUAGUUUUACAACUGAGACCAGACUUAAAGAAAACGCCUUUAAAAGAAGAUUUUAUUUUAUCUUUAAAAGAAUGGACGGAACACUUGGAGAGGCUAGGAAGACUAGAAGAUUUAUUUAAAUGUUAUGACCAGACAUGUGAAAUAUUUCCAGAAUGUGAUGUUGCAAUGAACAACAUUGGUGCACAGUUAUUUAGACUUGGGUACAUCGAUGAGGCUGCAGUGUUUGUGAGAAAAGCUCUGAAACUCUCUCCAUCAUAUCUUGCUGCGAAGGAAAACUUGGAGAAUAUAUGUUGUCACCUGGUGGAGCGAUGGCAUUUCCGUAUGCUGAACGACAUGACCCGUAACAGAGCUUUCCGAGAUGCCAUCGACAUGGCUGUGGCACGAGGUUAUCUGCAUGUCCUUGACAUUGGUGCGGGCACUGGUCUCUUGAGUCUGUUUGCAACUGAAGCAGGAGCAUCGUCAGUGUUUGCCUGUGAACAGAGUAAAACCAUGUUCACAGUGGCUCAGGAAGUGUUGGAGUCAAACAGUGCCAUGUUUCGGGUGUGUCUCCUGCCCAAGAUGUCCACAGACUUGGUCAUUCCUCAAGACAUCCCAACACGGGUUACUCUUGUCACAACAGAAACGUUUGAUGCUGGACUAUUUGGUGAACACAUCGUUUCGACUUUACAUCACGCCUGGCGUAAUCUCUUAACAACAGAAACAGAUGCUGGGUUUGAAGGGAAGGUCAUUCCUCGAGGUGCCACUGUGUAUCUGUGUCCGAUCGAAUGUGAAACAGUUCGAAAACAAAACAGAUUGUUGUAUCCAGUACUGAUGAACCUCGAUCUGACCGGUAUCACAGUCGUGUGUCGGACGUCCGUUGACCACAAGGAACCGUACACAACUGAAGAUCUGUCGGCUGUCAGAAGUGGAUACCGGCAGCUCCAUGAACCGAAGCCAGUUCUUGAGGUCAACUUUGAUGAUCCACUUGAAAUUGAAAAGCUGCAUUCUGGGCUGAAGUUGAACUUGGAGCUUGAAAUUGCUAACAAUGGUGAACUUGAUGCUAUUGCCAUGUGGUUCGACCUUCACCUUGAUGAUAGUAUUACCAUAACAACAGCACCUGAUGCAGUGAACUGUUGGGAACAAGCCAUUUUCCCAGUGCAGCCAAUUAAUUUUACUUCUAAAUCUUCCUCAGAGUGUCUUGGUGAUGAGAGAGAAAAUCUUGCGGUGAAAGGUGGAGACUCCCUGAAUGUAGACUUGUUACUGGUAGAUGACUGCCUUACGGUGGUGUGUUCCAACAUCAAACGCAAGAACAGAGGUCACAGGUCAGGGGGUCGAGAGACGACAGGGGAAGUAACCUCACAAGUUGAACCACAAGGAGAUGUGGAAUUUGAAACAGAAACGUUUUACAGUGCAAACGAAGUUAGUAUGUCACAGGCUCAUGAGAGGACAGAUAUUUUACAUUCAUCUCUUGAGACUGGAAGAGUUUCAGAGAUUCAAACAGAAUCAGCUAAAAUGAAGGUUUUGCAUGAAGUUCAAACAUUACAAAGUCUAAAGUUGACUGAGGUAGAGAAUUUGCAUGCUAUGGAAAGAGAAUCAAACUUUGAAGAAAACACUGCUGCCUGUGUUUUCAACCAGUCCCGCAAAUUGACCAACAUGGAACAUGUUCAUACACUAAGUUCCUCUGACAUCGCUCGUCUUAAUGAUAUGACAUUCCACAAAGCUUUCCACGAAGGACUAGAAAAACACCUUCUCCGAUGCCAGAACACUCGGGUGACCAUGCUGGACUUGUGUUCGGGGUUAUCUCCCUUAGGCUUGCAGGCAAGUCUCCUGGGUUAUUCCGACAUUACAGUGGUGACAGGCAAUGACAACAUUAAAGAUCUUCUUGUGGACAUCGCAGAAGUGAAUUCUGUGUCUAGAAGCCGGCUGAACUUCACUACAAGCCAGGGAGUGAUGGAGUCAGACACAGAGUUCGACGUUAUUGUCUGUGACCUGGUGGAGCCAUCAGGUGUCCUCCGACAACAGGUCCUCGAGGAUCUGGCCUUGUUACGGCUAACAUCUCUGUCUCCGAAUGGGAUCAUUUUCCCACACAAGCUGACGGCGGUUGGGAUCUGUAUUGAAUCGGAACAGCUACUGAAGACGAGUCGAGUAACAAACAAAGCUACACUUGGCUUCAACAUCGCGGAGUUCAUGAAAGAAUUUCAGGCCAGUACUCAUUUGGACAUAGACCUGCACACCUUGCAGUACACCAAGCUUUCGGAGCCGUUCGAGCUGUUUCAGCUAGAGCUAAACGAGACUUCCAGUGACAUGGAACUCCCAGCAUUCCUUCAGCAGGAAAAGGAAGUGGUCAUUGAAUUUAUCGACUCGGGUCAGUUUGACGCCGUUGUUUACUGGUUCGAGAUGCAGGUUUUCGAUGAGAUCAAACUGCUGACUGUCAAUCCUUGCCUCCAUUGGAAACAGGCUGCAAAAAUGCUCAGUGAAAGUGAAAAUGUCGAGGCAGGUCAGAGCGUGACACUAAACGUUGUGCUCAAGAACAGUUACAUUGAUAUAAAGUGUGUGACCAACAUUGAAUAAAGGAUCAUGUGUUAUAAA